CGACCUGCCACCACGCCCCACCCGCACUGCUCCCGACCAUGGCUGACUCGUACAUGCCCGGCGCCAAGCCCGGCUUCCUCAACGCGCGCAGUGCCGCCGCCGCGCCGCCGCCGCCGCAGCGCAACUUCCUCGCCCGCUUCUGGGCACGCGAGAUCAUGGCGCCCGAGAAGCAGGCCGGCAACCUCGCCGUCGCCUGGGGCGUCGGCAUCUUCGUCGGCGGCAUCGCCCUCAUGCGCACCGUCGGCGAGAGCCUGCUCGUGCCGCAGUUCUAAGUGGGGGAGGGCAGCAGGAGGGAAGGAGAAGGGAAAGAGGGGAAGAGGGAUGUAGGGAUGCUUGGGUGAGAUGAUGGGGAGCACGAAUGUAUCAACAUCACGCCAGAACGCUGUGCGGGGUGUGAGUCGAAGGCAAGAAGUC